AUGGAUAUAACUCCCGAUUCAGUGCCCCGGGAAUAUCUGGAAAACAUUGGCCAGAAGUUGCCCCAAAACACAGCUUUCAAUUACAAAAACUUUUUCAGUCAAUUCUUUGAAAACUACAGGAAAGUUAUCUAUCGUAUGACACCCAAUGAUCUCUCGGAAGGCAUUGAGCUCAUUGAUAACCAGUUGUUUGAUAACAUAAGACUAAUGAACGGACUUUGUUUGCCCACAACUUGUAAGGCUAACGAUGUGUCCGCAGCCCUCACCGAAUUGUGGCCAUCAGUGCUGUUGUGAUGACGUUUGUGUUGAGCACUGUUAUUGAUUGUCUACCUCCUGGAUCAUUUAUUAAACGAUUAAUAAAAGGGACUUCAAUUGCAUUUGUAGUAAAUUGUUUUGCCGCCAGAAAUAG